CUGAUACUUUCAGCCCAUGGAACAGGAGGCUAUGCUGGACAAGUCCAGGGGGGAUAUGGAGCCCUCGGUGCAGGAAUGGAGUCAACCGGUGGAAAAUAUGGUGAAUACGUCGGGGGGGGAGCUGCUCAGGUCCCUUAUAAUCCCGUGAUUCCGGCUGGAAUCGAAGGUGAUGGCGGCUACCCAUAUCCUGCUCAGCAGCUCAAUCUUGCCGCUCAAGGCACCAAAGCCGCCAACAAAUAUGGGGCUGCUGCAGGUUACGGAGUUCAGCAACCAGGUUAUGGCGCCCAGCUUGGAGCAGUUCAAGACGCUUUGGGAGAGCAGACAGGCAAAUACGGAGUCAACCCAGUCCUUGGUAAUGGGUACAAAGGCUAAGUGAGAAGACGCGUUCAUAUGGAAGUGGAUCAUCCCCUGAAUGGUUUUGAUGUCAUGCUUCUUUAGUGCUUUUGUGCACGUGUGUGUUUGUGAGUCUUCAUCCUCUGGUGUGCUCUUUGUCUUUUGACUCCAGUAUUUCUCUGUAAGCCAUUGUUUGUUUCUCAUGUAGAUUUUUUU